AGACAUUUUAGCUUCUUUUUCUUUUUUGUUGCUAGUUUUUUUUUUUCUUUCUUCUUUUUAACAAAAUAAAAUGUCAGCAUCAUCAAAUUAUAAUAAUGGAUAUAAUAAUAAUUAUUAUGCACAACCACCUCCUUUACCGCAUCAUAUAGAAAUGUCCCAAGAAACAAUAGAUCCAUAUGGUAUGAAGAAUGUGCCUGUAAGCUCUCCUCCACCUUAUCCUGUCUAUAAUAAUGUCGGUAUAGGCUCAUCUCCACCUCAAGCAGCAAUGAGAGACUCAUUAUCUGAUAUAAAACUCAUGAGACAUUAUGAUUCCGAUGAUGACAUGGAAAAAAUUAUUCCUAGAGAAAGAAGAAAGCGCUCUUGCAUAGAUAAACUUUGUUGUGGCUGUUGUACAUGUUGUCCUAAAUGGCUUCGUUGGUGUACUUGUAUUUUAUUUAUUAUUAUUGUUAUUAUUGCCAUCAUCAUUGGUGUUCUUGUUGGUAUUUUUAAAGUUCCAACUGUUCAAUUUACUGGUCUCGAACAAGAACCUUCGUUUGCUUUUACAAAUAAUGUUCUUUCUAUAACGUUUAAUGUUGGUAUUAGUGUCGAUAAUCAAAAUUUUGAAUCUCUUUAUUUCGAUAGGAUCAAAGCUGAUGCUUAUUAUCCUUCACCUUAUAAUACCUAUAUAGGAGGUGGCAGUGUAACAGGUGUGGAUAUAAAAUCCUUUGCAGUAACCAAUAUUAUUUUCCCUUUUGUUAUCAAUGUAAAUUCGUCUGAUCCUAGUCAACAAGGCGUUAUUAUGGAUUUAGCUACUCGUUGUGGUCUUGAUGGAAGUGCCCCACAAAAGCUUGAUUUUAAUUAUUAUGUUUAUCCUACAGUUAAAAUCAUUGGUAUUUCUAUUACACCAAAAAUUUCUAAAACCAUGAGCAUUAAUUGCCCAACAUCUGAAUUAAAUUCCAUAUUAGGUGGAUUAUUUGGUGGUUCCUCUUAAAAGAAUCAUGUAAAUGUACAUUUUUAUUUUUAUGCUUUAAUGCCCCCCUCCCUUUUUUUUUCUUCUUUCUUAUAUCUCUUCUAUUACAUAUUUCACCCAUGUAUGCGUAAUAGCUAUGUUAAAGAAAAAUUGGGGGGUUUUUUUUUUCUUUUUCUUUUUAAUUCUUAUUUGUGUAUAAAUUUAUUUAUUUCUUU